AUGGAGGCUGCAGCCAUACCUGUUUUGAAGUGGAAGACUCAUACCAAUGUGAAUGUCCAAGGGGACUUGUUCUGGGUAUCUAAUGGCACUCAUGUCAACAUCCAUUUCUCCUUGAAGUCCUGCGGCACCGUUGUGGAUGUGAUAAAUGAUAAAAUCAUUGCCACCAAUCUGGUGACUGGCUUGCCAAAGCAGACUCCAGGGAGCAACGGGGACAUCAUCAUCCGCACUAGCAAGCUGCUGAUCCCAGUGACCUGCGAGUUCCCACGCCGGUACACCAUCUCCAAAGGUUACGUGCCCAACCUAAAGAACUCGCCCUUGGAAAUAAUGAGUCGCAACCAGGGCAUCUUCCCCUUCACUCUUGAGAUCUUCAAAGAUAAAGACUUUGAUGAACCCUACAGGGGUGCCCUUCCCACCCUCAAGCUUCGGGACUCUCUGUACUUUGGGAUUGAACCCUUGGUGCAUGUCAAUGGACUGGAGACGCUGAUAGAGAGCUGCUUUGCCACUCCCACCUCCAAAAUCGAUGAGAUCCUCAAGUACUACCUGAUUCAAGACGGCUGUGUUUCUGAUGAUUCGGUGAAACAGUACACGUCAAAAGACCAUCUCGCCAAGCAUUUCCAGGCUCCCAUGUUUAAGUUUGUGGGCAAAGACAACAAGGUAAGCUAA